AUGUAUCAGAUCCUCCUCUUCACCUUCCUCCUUCUCGGCGGCUAUGUCCAUUAUUUGUGGAAAGCCGAGGCCGCCCUCAACCAGCCAUGGACUCCAGAAGCUGGUGACCGACUCUUUAGCGAACGAUCACUGCCUCCGUUUAAUGAAGCAUCUAGCAUAGCAAGCUACACGCUACCUUUACGGACCCAGGGACGAGAUGUUGUCGAUGCCACCGGCCGCCGCUACAAGCUCGCUAGCGUCAAUUGGUAUGGUGCAAGUGACGAGCUUUUCAUCCCUGGUGGUCUUGAAGUUCAGCAUCGCUCUGUUAUCGCUUCUACUAUACGCCUCCUAGGUUUCAAUAGCGUGCGCAUGCCUUAUGCCGAUGAGAUGAUCAUGAGUAACCCACAUAUACUCCCCCAUCUUCUUACCGCCAACCCCGACCUCAUAGGCCUACGCGCCCUCGAUAUAUUCCAAGCUGUUGUUGAGGCAUUGACAGACGCUGGUAUCGCCGUCAUCAUCAACAACCACAUCACGACUGCGACUUGGUGCUGUGGUGCCGAUCCGUGCGAUGCUGGCUGGUCCAAUGACCACCUCGGCCCCUUAUGCAGGGUAAAGCAAACGGAGGAAGAAUGGAUACAACAUUGGGAGACCAUCAUGGGGCGUUUUGUGGACAAUCCUAGAGUUAUCGGGGCUGACCUCAGGAAUGAGGUGCGUGGAGUAUGGGGCACCAUGACUUGGGAUCACUGGGCAACUGCUGCCGAGAAGUGUGGGAAUAGAUUGCUGAAGAUGAACCGCGACUGGCUGAUUAUCGUUGGUGGGACCGAGUCUGGGAAUGACCUCACUGGAGUGCGUGAUCGGCCAGUGAAGCUUGACGUUCCGGACCGGGUCGUUUACUCGUCGCACGUCUAUGCAUGGUCCGGCUGGGGCAGCCGGGAAGGGCGGUACGCCAAGCGUGGCUACGCUUCCUUCAUUCAGGCGAUGCGAAAGAACUGGGCAUAUCUUGUUGAAGAUGACCUGGCACCCGUAUGGGUCGGCGAGUUUGGUGCGCCGCAUCAUCCCAGUGUUGGGGAUGCGAAUUACUGGCGUAAUCUGCUACGGUAUCUCAAGCGUAUUGAUGCUGACUUUGGCUACUGGGCUAUCAACCCACGCAAGCCCAAAGACAAUGCCCUCGAGACGUACUCGCUCGUUAAGGAUGACUGGAUCACACCCGUACUUGAUUACCGCAUGCGUGACAUGACGGAGCUCAUUGCCGGUGCUGGAGACGAUGGAGAUGAUGCUGAAGCUGAAGACACGGAUCAGCUUCUAACAAACGAGGAUUUGUAG